AUGACAUCGCGCAACUCAUCCACCUCCUCCUCGGCGUCUUCUUCUCGAGCACCUCAACCUUCUUCUUCUUCUGGUGCUCCCCGACGCGUCGCCAACGUCUGCUACCCCAAGGGCAAGUGGUACGACUGCCUCCGCCCGACGACCACCCCGUACCAGGGAUUCGGGAGCCUGACAAACUUUGCCAACGCGACCGAGCGAGAGAACCAGAUGGACGUCGGCGCCGCCUGGACAAACGACGUACACGCGAAGAUGAUGAAGUAG